AUGGUGAACUCCCUCCCGCAAGAGGAAUCCCUCAAUGACUUCGGUAUGGCUGCGGUGUUAAAUCCCGACGGCAGUAUUGACCCAACCAGCACAUCUCAUCACCACCUUACUGGAACACUUCCUUUUAUGGCUCUCGAUGCAUUACAACCUCCUCUUUCGAAAACACCGCCGGAUCCAUCGAACGUCCAUCAUUAUCACUAUGAUCUGGAAUCACUCUUCUACAUUUCGAUAUGGGCCGCUACCCUAUAUGAUCUCGAAGGUGGUCAUCGGAUUGCUCCCAAGGAAAAUUUCUUGUUCAGCGGUGGAGUAUGGGGGGUGAAGUUUCCAUCUGUGACGCCAAAUUAUCUCUUCAUUCGCGCGACCUAG